AUGAAUAAAAAACGGAAUUUCAAUGAUUUAUUGAUAUGUAAUCGUCUGAAAAAGAAAUAUAAGGACAACCGCCCUUCACUUGAGGAAAUAUAUACUUCUACGUUAGCCAAAUUAUAUUCAGCUCAAAACACGCCUAAUAAUCAUUUAAUUAAAGAUAAAAAAUCCGAUAUUCAAUCAUUACAAUGUGAUGAUUGUGAUCAAGUUAUUAUUUUCGCAUCUGAUACCCUACCUAAUUUUGAUGAUUAUUCUUGUAUUUCCUGUCACCAUAUUGUCUGUGACAUAUGUAGAAUAUCAAAAAGAUAA